CCCUCUUAAGGUAAUAAACUCCAUAAUCUACACAUCGGUAAAGCUACGUCUUUACGCUGGUUUCGGCGAAAAUUUUCUAUACAAUUGUUUCGUUUUCGGUGACGAAUCUCUACGUAAUUUUCAUUCUGCAUCUAAAUUUUUUGUACUCGGACAACACAUCUAUAGAAUGUCUGCACUCCCAAUUAAUGAAGAUGAGACAUGCUCUUUUACUGAACAUUAUAAGUUCUCAUCAAUAGAAGAAACAACCGAAAUACAAAUAUCAAUGUUACCAAAUAUUCCGGGUUUCAAUUUUUUUAAUUAUCGAUUCCUACUUUAUGAAAAUGAAUCUAUACUUUCUGACAAAUCAUGUUUAAAGAAUGAAAUAAAGAAAGCAUGCCACAAAAUGAACGUAACGGACGAACAAAAGAAAUGUGUCAUCUUGUACAAAGAUUUUGCAGUAUGUCCAUGCGAAGACAAAACUAAACCUUUCAUAAAUUACUCAAUUCGCAGGGAUGUAUACAGACUUACAGUAUUUUAUGGGAAGAGAGUAAAUACUUUCUCUCUUUUCAUUUUUCCAGACAAAACUGGUUAUAAAAAUGUCAAAAGAAAAUUGGAGAAGCUGAAACAUUCUAAACUCAAAAUGGUACAGAAGAGAUGCUUCGCGUAUAUUUUCCAUGAUGCGUGUAAGAAGUGCAUCGAUACAGUAACUGGAGAAUUUAGAGAAGUGUUUCCUCAAGUGAACUACGUUACUUAUAACUUUUUACCCUUAAUCAUUGGAAACAAAGAUGAGUAUUUUCGUAUAAAAAGAAAAACUUCGACGGCAUGCAGAUUUUCAGUAAUGGUUUUUGUAUGGUGGAAAUAAGUUUAUUGUAUUAAACGGGUCUAUUAGAAUUGGACGUUUAACCAAGUGUUUGGUUCUAUACUAUUGCGUGUAUUAAUAUUCUACAAGGGAGCUAGUCAUUCUACUGGGGUAUAAGACGGUCAUCCAGCCAGUAUAAAGCGUUAAAAGCAAAGAUAUACGAGGGAAUAUUUCUUAAAUCGUAGAAUGCAAUAAACGAGAAUCUGAAACCAUUUUUACAAUUACCUCUUAAUUUGCAUUCAAGUCAUUGCAUGUGACCUCACAAUCUAUACAUACAAACUUUCUGGUGUUCAUAUAUCGAUGUUGACUUUUAUAAAAGCGAA